AUCAUACUCUUUCCCAAGGUCAUUUUACGGUCGGCCUGGCGGCUUUGCUGGGUUUGCUCCUGAGGAGACAUCGUGGUAGACACAGAGGUCUAAAGAUUAGCGGUUGCUUGGCACUAUUUCGUGCCAAAAUUGACAACGAAGUCCACGAACGAUGACGGAGUCAGCGAGGAUGCUUGGUCUUGCAGAGCCGCUAUACCAGAGAGUAUCCCAGAAGUUCAUGACAGCCUUCAAAGGGAAAGACAUUCUAUUCUCCGAGACCAGCCUCGCCUACCUCCAGGCUAAGGGAGGAGCUUCGUUCCAACUGCGAUACUGCCCUGCGUUGAAGAAGAAACCCCAAGGCGACGCUUCUGGUCCGAAAAGGGACCCGACGGGGCCGAAAUUUGAUCCUUUCGAAAACCCGCCUGCAGAGCUCCUAGUCGCUCAAAUCCCGGCCCAAAAUGCAUCGCACACUCUGGUGCUGAACAAAUAUCCAGUCAUCCAUAACCACUUCAUCAUUGCUACCAAGGCCAACAAACCGCAAACGGACCUCCUGGAGGAAGAUGAUAUCGGCCUGACCCAUGCUUGCCUGCGCGCCUGGCAAGACCGGCGGCAUGAUGGAAGUUCUCCAUGCCUUUUUGCUUUCUUCAAUUCUGGUGAGCACAGUGGCGCCAGCCAGCCGCAUCGCCACUUACAGUUCUUACCUGUGGAGGAUAUGGCAGGUUCGAACAAUCGAGAGUGGAGGCUUCUAAUCGACCGUAUGAACGUACCAGUUCAUCCAGACCUACCGCUAUUCCAAGAUCCAUCGUUGCCAAUCUUGCAUUUUUCCACGCCUCUUGAACCAGACGCCUCAGCUGCCGACUUGCACCGCAAAUAUGUGUUGCUCAUGCAAGCAGCGCUGUCUGCCACUCGGUCCCCUGGCCAACCACUGGACCAAAGCCUGGCGAUCGAAAGGGACGGCAAAACUCUGAUCUCCUACAACCUUGCCAUGACGACUGACCGAAUGGCAAUCUGCCCCCGGAGUCAAGAAGCGGCUUCCAUUCCCGGAGCCGGACCAGAGAGCUCCGUGGCUAUCAAUGGCACGAUACUCGCAGGCACUCUCAUGGUCAAGGACGAGACAGAGUGGGAUGUUCUUCGACAAACUCAUUCGCUUCUGGACGACAUGCUGGCAUCUAUCGGCUUUCCUUUGACGUCAUGGAAACAGUACGCACGCACAGCAAAAGCAUAGGAGAACGCUCACAGACAUACCUGUUGUACUGAGCCAGAUUUCCAUUGUCCCUAGCCAACCAAGUAAUGUCACUUUGGGGAGUACGUCCAAAUCUGAGAGACGGCGGCCCGUCUGUUUCCUGCACCUCUGACUACUAUCUUUCUCUACACUACCGACCUCAUCCUCCAAGCACAAUCGCCGACAUGCCAGCUGGGACAGAGUGGUGCAUUUUCAGCUCGAUGACACACGGAAAGGUCUAUCUCUUUUCGCCCCGAGCAAGAACACUCGACAAGAGCAUCAGCUGGACGAUAAUCUCACAUUCACUGCCAAAAAAAGAACGGUGAUGGCUUCCCAGAAGAGACUUCAUCGUAUCCAAGUGGUAUGUCACAGAAAUGGAAACAAACUGUAUACGCGAAGUCAAGGUCUUUUGCUCAAAUCCAGAGAAGCUGCGACAAUGGAACACCACCUGUGGCCAGGAGGGUACUGCCCACAUUGGAGAUCGAAGCGCACUGCCAUUCCCAGUCAGAGCAAUUCAGGUGAAGUUGGGGCCCUUUUUGGAACCACCAUGCCCUCUCAAUACUGAUGGCUGAGAGGUUUAGAAUGGCGCCAAGCGAAGCGAGCUUUACGAUGCAGCUUAUGAGGUCUCUGAGACGACUUUGUCCAGCCUUAUGCCGCGAGAAAGAGCAGAGUUUGCAGUUGAAAGCUGCGCAACCAGUACAAAUGAUGACUACAACCUUCAUUGGCGACUCCGCCAAUGCCGAAGCAUCAUCGAUGGCGACAGAGCGAUACGGGAAGGGCAGAGGCUGGCCAUGUGGUUCACAUUGGGCUGUGUCCGUCGAGGCACGUCCGUCCGUUCACGAGGGAUCUACUGGCGCAAAGUCAUGCUGCAAAUCCACCGCAACGAUAACCUUCGGUCGAGCAGCCGCUUCAGGCGGAGCAUUGACCAGACCAGAACAAGUGGACGGACCUGUGCAGGAGAGAAACUUUGAGCAGUUUUCUGACCGCAUCGACAGAGCUAUCGAGGCAAGGUGAAAGUGUCAUGGGCAGUCCAGACCCCGAAAUUCUCGCUUGUUGCGCAAGCCACAAACCCGUAUGAUAGUGACUGCAGCGGAUUUCCAAGCCCUGAGUUGUCCGGUUGAGAGUAGCUCGCUGUCCGUAUCGGUGGUCGAGCAGGCGAGACAAGGGUAUGUAGAGGUCAGGCGUGGGGCAGGAGCCCGACCCGCCGGAUAGUGACGGUGAUGGGUGGAGGGAGGAGGGAGGGACUAGACCGAGAAACACGAGGCAGAGGUCAAAGGCAAGAAGAGGGGUUGGGACUGCUUGGAGUCUGUUCGUAGGGCUGCAGAUAUUCCAAGGGCCAAAACGGGCUUUGGAUUGCGCGGGGUUUGCGAGUCCUCCUCCUGGAGCUGCUGCUGCUGCUGCCUCAGGGUCUGGUGGUCUGGCUCACCUCCCUUGGGACUCAUGGGGCAUGAAUACGAGGUUUUGACAUGCGGCAGGCGAGCCAGACCAUCACCUCGGCGCCAAUCCCGCCCAUCCCCCUUCGUUUUUUUGUCUCAAUUCAGCAUGCACUCAUGGCCGUUGAAGCUCUGCUCGCGUCCGCUUUCGGCAGCGUGGCCUUGGAGGUGUCUGCUCUGUUUGGCUGCGCGCAGCCGAACGUUGCUGGGGGUGGUGCUGGUGGUGUGUGAGCAGGAUCUGCAGGAAGGCCAGCCAGCCUCGAUUGACUUCUGUGUCGGCUAUCAAAGCAAGAAAAAUUAAAGCAACCAAGCAGAGCGGCGAGACAAUGUGCACUUCUACGCGUGCUAUGUGUGUUGUUUCCUGGCCCCUCCUAUUCUCUCUUUCCACCUUCUUCCGACGGCCGA